GCCAACUGAGUAACAGUUAUGGAAGAGCAAAAAAGUGCCAGUUUGGAACAAGAUUUUGAAGGGCAGGCUACUCAUACAGGGCCCAAAGGCGUGAUCAAUGACUGGAGAAAGUUUAAAUUAGAAAGUGAAGACAGAGAUUCCCUCCCUUUGAGCAAGAAAGAGAUCCUCAGACAAAUGUCUUCACCACACAGAUCUCUCAGUAAAGAUGAUAAAGACACCAGAGAGAGAUUCAGUCGUAAGAUGAGUAUGCAGGAGUAUGAGCUCAUCCAUGAGGAGCAAGAGGAUGAAAGCUGCCUACGAAAAUACCGCAAACGCUGCAUGCAGGAUAUGCAUCAGAGGCUGAGCUUUGGGCCCAGAUAUGGCUAUCUGUAUGAGCUGCAGAAUGGAGAACAGUUCCUGGAAGUCAUUGAGAAAGAGCGAAAAACCGUCAUGGUCAUUGUUCACAUUUAUGAAGAUGGCAUCAAGGGUUGUGAGGCACUAAACAAUAGCUUAACUUGCCUUGCUGCAGAAUACUCCACAAUGAGAUUUUGUAAGAUAAAGGCAUCUAACACAGGUGCUGGAGACCGCUUUUCAACUGAUGUGCUCCCAACCCUGCUUGUCUACAAGGGUGGGGAGCUUUUGAGCAAUUUUAUUAGUGUUACUGAACACUUCAGUGAGGAAUUUUUUGCUGUGGAUGUGGAAUCUUUCCUACAUGAGUAUGGGCUGCUACCCGAAAAGGAGAUUCCAGCACUUGGAAAUGGCAAUACAGAUGAUCAAGAUAUUGAAUAAUUAGAGAGGGAUAUAGCCCUUCAUUAUCUCCUAUUUCUCCAUAUAUUGCAAUUGGA